UGUUACCCGGAAGUAAUAGUUAUUGUAGGAAGUUUUCCGCCAUAAGAACGACACGGAUUUAACGGACAAAAAGGCGGAAAGCAGAACGGUAUGGACUCUCCAGGCAGAAGUCAAAGUCCCAGUACUGCUCAAAAAGACCAAAAUGGAGCUUCAGAGGACGAGUCCAGUCCUGCAGCGGAGAAGCCUCAACAGGCCGACGUGGUUGAAAGUAGCCCCAAAGAGAAGCCGUCCCCUCAAGCCAGUCCUGCAGGCCGUUCCCCCUCCAGGAGCCCAGCCUCGGGGAGUGCUGCCUCCAGCAGCUCGGACGACAGCACUAGCAGUGAUGAUGAGGAUGAACACCAUGGUGCACUGAGGAAGUUAAGGAGCAGUGUGGCUCAGAUCAAAAGAUCAAAAUCCAAGUCCAUGUCCAGAGAGCGAGACAGAUCCAUUUCCAGAGAGCGAGACAGAUCCAGGUCCGGAGAGCGAGACAGAUCCUGGGGACGGGACAGAUCUCGAUCACAAUCCAGAUCCAGAGAGAGAGACAGAUCAAGAUCCAGAGGACGAGACCGGUCCAGGUCAAGAGGAAGAGACAGAUCCAGGUCCAGAGACCGAGACCGGGGACGCUACGACAGAGGACGCUAUGCACGGGAUCGCUAUGACGAUCGCCGUGACGAUAGGGACGGACGUUUUGACCGGUGGCCCAACCGGGAUGCAGAGUCCGAUCACAGGAGGAGGGGACGCUCCGGCUCCCCUCCAACAGACAGGGAGCCAGCGGCGACAGAGGAGCCGCCGGUCAAGAAGAAGAAGGAGGAGAUUGACCCGAUCCUGACCAGGACGGGUGGUGCUUACAUCCCCCCCGCCAAGCUGCGCAUGAUGCAGCAGCAAAUCACUGACAAGACCAGCCUGGCCUAUCAGAGGAUGAGCUGGGAGGCCCUGAAGAAGUCCAUCAACGGUCUGAUCAACAAAGUCAACGUGUCCAACAUCGUCCACAUCAUCCAGGAGCUGCUGCAGGAGAACAUCGUCAGGGGGAGGGGGCUGCUGGCUCGCUCCGUGCUGCAGGCUCAGGCGGCGUCGCCGACCUUUACUCACGUUUACUCGGCCGUCGUCGCCAUCAUCAACUCCAAGUUCCCUCAGAUUGGAGAGCUGAUCCUCAGACGCCUCAUCUUGGCCUUCAGGAGGAACUACCGCCGCAACCUCAAGCAACAGUGCCUGACAGCCUCCAAGUUUGUGGCACAUCUCAUCAACCAGAACGUGGCCCAUGAGGUUCUGUGUCUGGAGAUGCUCACUCUGCUGCUGGAGCGUCCGACUGACGACAGCGUGGAGGUCUCCAUCGCCUUCCUGAAGGAGUGUGGACUCAAACUGACCGAGGUGUCCCCGCGAGGAAUCAACGCCAUAUUUGAACGUCUCAGGAACGUCCUCCACGAGUCGGCCAUUGAUAAGAGGGUCCAGUACAUGAUAGAGGUGAUGUUUGCUAUCAGGAAGGACGGUUUCAAAGAUCAUCCAGUGAUCCCGGAGGGCCUGGACCUGGUAGAUGAGGAAGACCAGUUCACCCACAUGCUGCCGCUGGACGACGAGUACAACACCGAAGACAUCCUCAAUGUGUUUAAGAUGGACCCAGACUUCCUGGAGAACGAGGAGAAAUACAAAACCAUUAAAAGAGAUAUCCUGGACGAGGGCAGCAGCGACUCUGGGGAGGAUGGUGACGGCAGCGACGAAGAGGAGGACGAUGAAGAGGAGAAUGCGGCAGAGGAAGGAGAUGAGAAGGUCACCAUCUUUGAUCAGACAGAAGUUAACCUGGUGGCUUUCAGAAGAACCAUCUACCUCGCUAUCCAGUCCAGUUUGGACUUUGAGGAGUGCGCUCAUAAGCUGAUCAAGAUGGAGUUCCCUGACAGCCAGACGAAGGAGCUUUGUAACAUGAUCCUGGACUGCUGCGCUCAACAGAGAACCUACGAGAAGUUCUUUGGUCUGCUGGCCGGGAGGUUCUGUCUGCUGAAGAAGGAGUAUAUGGAGAGUUUUGAGGGGAUUUUCGCGGAGCAGUACGAAACCAUUCACCGGCUGGAGACCAACAAACUGAGGAACGUGGCUCGGCUGUUCGCUCACCUGCUCUACACAGACUCUGUGCCCUGGAGUGUGCUGGAGUGUGUCCGGAUGAGCGAGGAGACCACGACGUCCUCCAGCAGGAUCUUUGUUAAGAUCCUUUUCCAGGAGCUCUGUGCCUACAUGGGCCUUCCCAGACUCAACCAGAGACUCAAAGACCAGACUCUGCAGCCGUUCUUUGAAGGUCUCUUCCCUCGUGAUAAUCCCAGAAAUACUCGCUUCGCCAUCAACUUCUUCACCUCUAUUGGACUGGGAGGACUGACGGACGAGUUGAGGGAACAUUUGAAGAACGCUCCCAAGAUAAUCAUGACUCAGAACCAGGAAGUGGAGUCCUCGGACUCCUCCUCGUCCUCUUCAUCCUCCUCCUCGUCUGACUCCUCCUCCUCAGACUCCUCCAGCGAAUCAGAUUCCUCGGACUCCUCCAGCAGCAGCAGCUCAGACUCAGACAGUAAACACAGAAAGAAGAAGAAGAGAAAAGAACAAAGUGAGGAGAAAAAGAAGAAGAAGAAGAAAGGGGAGGACAAGAACAAGAAAAAGAAGAAGGACAAACAGUCGGACAAGAAGCGAGACGGACGCAAGAAGAAGGACGACGAGGAUGAUGAUGAUGACGACAGCGAUGACGCGAAGCAGGCGAGGAAGGACAGGAAAGGCCUCGCACGAGAGGUAGAGGGCGUGAGCGCCCGCCUGAGGUGGAGGGCGUGAGCGCCCGAGAGGUGGAGGGGCGUGAGCGCCCCCGAGAGGUGGAGGGCGUGAGCGCCCCCGAGAGGUGGAGGGGCGUGAGCGCCCCGUGAGGUGGAGGGGCGUGAGCGCCCCGUGAGGUGGAGGGGCGUGAG